AUGGUUACCGCUACCCUUCCAGCCUUAGACCCCUCAGUUGCCCUUCCUUUCCACUGCCACCGACCCUCUAGACAACAACACCAAACUCAAUACCAAACUCAACAACAACAGCCACAGCAACAAAACCAACACUACCACAGCACUACCAGCAGACCAACUAUUAGUGAGCCAAUAAUCCCGGUACCUCUUCACUACUCAAGAUCUAAAACGGGAUCACGCCAUGACUCGCUGACCUGCCGUUCACAACCUUCCCAACCGGGGUUCGUGACUGCCCUUCCCGGGACUCUCUCACACCAACCAGCCCCAAGUCGGAUAUCAUAUGUAGAAGCAUUAAUAGACGUGAACGCCGUGGUGAUUGAAACCAUCUGGCCGUCUGCCACACCUUCAACUCCGUCUUCUGUCGUACCGUUGCGGACGUUUAUCCAAGAGGUCCUGAAGCGAUCCCGUACUACAUAUUCAACUCUACAGACAGCCUUGUUUUACUUGCUUCGAGCACAGUCGGCGAUAUCAUUGCAUCUCCAACCAAAAACAAAAUCCCAACGGCAUGAGGGUGGAAAAACAGAAACAUGUGACUAUGGGCGUUGUGAGCAAAAUGUAUACAUCAACUGUGGAAGACGCAUGUUUCUGGCAAGUUUGAUUUUGGCAUCCAAAUUUGUACAAGACAAGACGUAUCGCAACUCGGCGUGGGCCAAGAUGGCGAACCUACAAGUAGCUGAGAUCAACAAGGCCGAACGGAUUUUCUCGGAAUUGAUCGACUACAGGCUCUACAUUGCUCAGCCCAUCUUUGAGCAGUGGUACCAUUUGUUCCACAUGCAAGUUCAGCAGAGAGCCACUCAGUCCUCGACAACCCCACUCUCCUAUCUCUUCCUCGGCUCCUGGUCUCUCCCCGUCCAAAAGACUGAUUAUACAAGGAAACGCUCCGUUGACACCGAGACCCAGAUCAGCCCCCCGAAAAAAUCCAGAGUUUGGUAA